AUAAUGCAGCACUGCCCUACUUUCAGUUUCUACUUUCGUUUUGAAUACACACGCACAGGCAACCAAUAAUACACCAACUUAGCUACACACUCACACCUGUAAAGGAUGGCUUUAGCGUGUCAGAAAGACAGUUAUCUAAAAGAAUUUGAUACGAAGGUGAAGAGUUGCAAUGCUGCUGAGUUGAAGGUAACUCAGAAUGGAAAGAAAGAAGUGUUGAAAGGAUAUGAAGUGAUUCUAGAGGAUACUAUUCUGUUUCCUGAAGGUGGCGGUCAGCCAGAUGAUAGAGGCAUGAUAAAUGAUGUUCCGGUAUUACGUAUAACACGAAGAGGUGCUGAAGCUGUCAACUUUGUCAUGACUGAAAUUCCUGUUGGCACCGAGGUACAUCUGAUUGUUGAUUGGACGAGAAGGUUUGACCACAUGCAACAACAUUCUGGUCAGCAUCUUAUCACAGCAAUGGCGGAAAAUAUCUACGGAUACAGAACUACAACCUGGAAUCUUGGAGACAGAAUAUCAUUUAUAGAACUGGACACACCCAAAAUGACUGUAGAAGAAAUGACAAAACUUGAACAGCUCCUAAAUGAGAAAAUACGGGAGGGAGUAAAAGUUUAUCCAACAUUGUUUCACGACAAGGCUGAUCCAGAACUUGAGAAAGCUCGAUGUCGAGGUCUGCCGGACGAUCAUGAGGGUGCAGUGCGUGUACUGACUAUAGAUGGUAUUGAUUCCUGUUUAUGUUGUGGAACUCAUGUCUCAAAUGCAUCUGACUUGCAGAUGAUAAAACUGUUGUCAACGGACAAAGGGAAGAGGAAAAACUCUACAAAUCUCAACUUUGUGUGUGGUGGACGAGUUGUAGAAUACCUUGGUAGAGCUUAUGAUGUGGAAAAAUCUUUAACUGGUCUGCUCAAAGGACCAUUAGAGCAGCAUUUUGAACUGGCCGAGAAAGCAGUGAAAGGCUUCAAGAAUUCUCAAAAGACCAUACAAAAUUUAUUGAGAGAUGUGGCAAGUCUAGAAGCAGAGAAGUUCAAAUCUCAGCCAAACAGACCAUCUUACUUUAUAUAUCACAGAAAAGAGGGUGAUUUAGACUUCUUGAAUGCUUUGCUGAAAGAACUUGGGGAAGAUACCAAGGAUGUACUAUGUCUCUUGACUGCUGGAGAAGACAAGGGUCCUGGCUUUGUUAUGAUGUCUGGUCUAGAGACUGUUGUCAAAGACCUUGGUCCAAAGGUGAUGGAAAUAUUUGAAGGAAAAGGAGGCUACAGUAAAGGAAGAUUUCAAGGAAAGGCCAAUAAAAUACAGAACAGAACAAAAGCUGCCAAACUUGUAGAAGAAUAUCAACAAGGAGAUAACAAUAUACAACAACAGACAAACGAAUCUUGACAGUAUCUCAUAACUGACAUUUUUAUACAUUUUGAGUGAAGUUCCGUAGAGAACCUGUGUAAUUUUUGAAAAUGGGAACAUGUACGUCAGUUAUAAUAUUUUUUUUUCCAAACUUGACUUAUUUGAAAUAUACUUGGAACAUAUAAAAACACACAGUUUUUGACAUGCAAUAUUAUUUGUUAGGCACAAGUAAGUUUAUUAUUUUUGGCAAGUACAAAUUUAUAAUAUUUGUUUCCACAUGUGAAAUAAUAUUUAUUAAGGAAA